AUGGAGGAGGUAGUGAUUGCUGGUAUGUCCGGGAAGCUGCCCGAGUCAGACAACUUGGAUGAGUUCUGGGCCAACCUCAUUGGAGGUGUGGACAUGGUCACAGAUGACGACCGGCGAUGGAAGGCAGGGCUCUAUGGCCUGCCUCGGCGGAGCGGCAAGCUGAAGGACCUAUCCAAGUUCGACGCUUCCUUCUUCGGUGUCCACCCCAAGCAGGCGCACACAAUGGACCCCCAGAUGCGGCUGCUAUUAGAAGUCACCUAUGAGGCCAUUGUGGAUGCAGGUAUCAACCCAGCCUCGCUCCGAGGGACGAACACCGGUGUCUGGGUGGGUGUGAGUGGCUCAGAGGCUGCAGAGGCCCUGAGCCGAGACCCCGAGACGCUUCUGGGCUACAGCAUGGUGGGCUGCCAGCGAGCAAUGAUGGCCAAUCGCAUCUCCUUCAGCUUUGACUUCAAAGGGCCCAGCAUCGCCCUGGACACAGCCUGCUCCUCUAGCCUGAUGGCCCUGCAGAACGCCUACGAGGCCAUCCGCAGUGGGCACUGCCCAGCUGCCAUUGUGGGUGGCAUCAACGUGUUGCUCAAGCCCAACACCUCCGUGCAGUUCAUGAAAAUGGGCAUGCUCAGCCCCGAAGGCAUGUGCAGGUCCUUUGACGAAACAGGGAGCGGAUACUGCCGUUCAGAGGCCGUCGUGGCUGUCUUGCUGACCAAGAAGUCCCUGGCCCGGCGGGUGUACGCCACUAUCCUGAAUGCUGGCACCAACACAGAUGGCUCCAAGGAACAAGGUGUGACCUUCCCCUCUGGAGAGGCCCAGGAGCAGCUCAUCCGCUCCCUGUACCUGCCGGCAGGGCUGGCCCCAGAGUCACUGGAGUACAUUGAAGCCCACGGCACAGGCACCAAGGUAGGCGACCCCCAGGAGCUGAAUAGCAUCACCCGGGCCCUGUGUACCUCCCGCCAGGACCCGCUGCUGAUUGGGUCCACCAAGUCCAACAUGGGCCACCCCGAGCCUGCCUCAGGGCUUGCAGGUCUGGCCAAGGUGCUGCUGUCCCUGGAGCAUGGGCUCUGGGCCCCCAACCUGCACUUCCAUACCCCCAACUCUGAGAUCCCAGCCUUGAGUGACGGGCGGCUGCAGGUGGUGGACCGGCCCCUGCCUGUUCGUGGUGGCAAUGUGAGCAUCAACUCCUUUGGCUUUGGAGGCUCCAACGUGCACGUCAUCCUCCAGCCCAACACGAAGCAGCCCCCUGCACCUGCCCCCCACUCUGCCCUACCCCGCCUGCUUAGGGUCAGUGGACGUACCCUCGAGGCUGCACAGAGCCUGCUGGACCAGGGCUCCCAGCACAGCCAGGACCUGGCCCUUGUGACCAUGCUCAAUGACAUCGCGGCCACAUCCCCGUCAUCCAUGCCCUUCAGGGGCUAUGCUGUGCUGGGGGUGGAGGGCGGUGGCCAGGAAGUACAGCAGGUGCCUUCUGGCAAGCGCCCACUCUGGUUUAUUUGCUCAGGGAUGGGCACACAGUGGUGCGGGAUGGGAGUGAGCCUCAUGCAUCUGGGUGGCUUCCGCGACUCCAUCCUGCGCUCCGAUGAGGCCCUGAAGCCAGUUGGAUUGAAGGUGUCGGACCUGCUGCUGAGCACAAAGAAAGACACCUUUGAUGACGUUGUCCAUGCCCUCGUGAGCCUCACUGCCAUCCAGAUUGCUCUCUUAGACUUGCUGACUUCCAUGGGCCUGAGACCCGACGGGAUCAUUGGGCACUCCCUGGGGGAGGUGGCCUGUGCCUACGCCGAUGGCUGUGUCUCCCAGGAGGAGGCUGUGCUUGCAGCUUACUGGAGAGGCCAGUGUGUCAAGGAGGCCAGCCUCCCGUCAGGCACCAUGGCUGCUGUGGGCUUGUCCUGGGAGGAGUGUAAACAGCGCUGCCCCUUGGGCAUCGUGCCUGCCUGCCACAAUUCUGAGGACACAGUGACCAUCUCGGGACCUCAGGCCGCAGUGAGCAAGUUCGUGGAGCAGCUGAAGCAGGAGGGAGUGUUUGCCAAGGAGGUGCAGACAGGCGGCAUAGCCUUCCACUCCUACUUCAUGGAGGCUAUCGCGCCUGCACUGCUGCAGGCUCUCAAGAAGGUGAUCAGGGUGCCGCGGCCACGCUCGGCCCGCUGGCUCAGUACUUCCAUCCCCGAGGCCCAGUGGCAGGGCAGCCUGGCGCGCACUUUCUCCGCUGAGUACAACGUCAACAACCUGGUGAGCCCAGUGCUGUUCCAGGAGGCUCUGCGGCACAUCCCUGAGCACGCCGUGGUCGUGGAGAUCGCACCCCACGCCCUCCUGCAGGCCGUCCUGAAGCGGGGCCUGAAGCCCAGCUGCACCAUCGUGCCCCUGAUGAAGCGGGACCACAAGAACAACCUGGAAUUCUUCCUCACCAACGUUGGCAAGCUCCACCUCGCAGGUGUCGAUGCCAACCCCAAUGCCUUAUUCCCACCUGUGGAGUUCCCAGCUCCCCGAGGAACCCCCCUCAUCUCCCCCCACAUCAAGUGGGACCACAGCCAGACCUGGGAUGUGCCGGCCACAGAGGAUUUCCCAAAUGGCUCAGGCUCCUCCUCUGCCACUGUCUACAACAUUGAUGCCAGUCCUGAGUCCCCUGACCACUACUUGGUGGACCACUGCAUCGAUGGCCGUGUGCUCUUCCCUGCCACUGGCUACCUGGUUCUUGUCUGGAGGACGCUGGCUCGUAGCCUGGGCCUGCCCUUAGAGCAGACCCCCGUGGUGUUCGAGGGUGUGACGCUGCACCAGGCCACCAUCCUGCCCAAGACAGGGACUGUGGCCCUGGAGGUGCGGCUGCUGGAGGCUGCCCACGCUUUCGAAGUGUCUCAUAAUGGCAACCUGAUUGUGAGCGGAAAGGUGUACCAGUGGGAGGACCCCGACCCCAAGCUCUUCGACCACCCAGAAGGCCCGGGUCCCAUGGAGCCUGUGCCCACUUCCUGUCUGGCCCCGGCGGACGUAUAUAAGGAGCUGCGGCUGCGUGGCUAUGACUAUGGCCCCAACUUCCAGGGCAUCUUCGAGGCCAGCCUCAGAGGUGAGCGGGGCAAGCUGCUCUGGAGAGACAACUGGGUGACGUUCAUAGACACCAUGCUGCAGACGGCCAUCCUGGGUACAAGCCAGCGUAGCCUGAGCCUGCCCACCCGUGUCACCGACGUGCGCAUCGACCCCACCGUCCACCUGCAGAAGGUGCACACGCUACAGGACCAGACCCAAGUGGUUGACUUCGUGGUCAGCUCCGCUCUGAGCAGAAUAGUGGCUGGCGGCGUCUACAUCUUGCAGCUCCAUACAACAUCAGCCCCGCGACGGCAGCAGGAGCACAUGGUGCCCACCCUGGAGAAGUUCUGCUUCUCACCCCAUGUGGAGGUGGGCUGCCUGUCUGAGAGCACGGCCCUGCGGGAGGAGCUGCAGCUGUGCAAGGGCCUGGCACAGGCACUGCAGGCCAAGGCGGCCCAGCAGGGGCUGAAAAUGGUGGUGCCUGAGCUGGAUGGGGCCCAGAUGCCCCAGGAACCCCCGCAGCAGGGGCUGCCCCGUCUUCUGGCCGCUGCCUGUCAGCUGCAGCUGAAUGGAAACUUGCAGCAGGCACUGGCCCAGGAGAGAGCCCUGCUGCCUGAAGACCCCCUGCUCAGCGGCCUCCUGAACUCCUCAGUGCUUAAGGCCUGCUUGGACACAGCCCUGGAGAACCUGCCCAGCCUGAAGAUGAAGGUGGUGGAGGUGCUUGCUGGCGAUGGUCACCUAUAUUCCCACAUCCCGGACCUGCUAAACACCCACCCCAUGCUACAGCUGGACUACACAGCCACUGACCGCCACCCCCAGGCCCUGGAGGUUGCCCAGGACAAGCUGACGCAGCUUGGUGUUGCCCAGGGCCAGUGGGACCCUGUAGACCCUGUCCCCAGCAGCCUGGGCGCAGCAGACCUCCUGGUGUGCAAUGGUGCCGUGGCCACCCUGGGGGACCUGAACCUGGCCCUGGCCAACAUGGCAGCUGCCCUCAAGGAGGGUGGCUUUCUGCUCCUGCACACCAUGCUCCGAGGGCACACCCUUGGGGAGACGCUGGCCUUCCUUACCUGGGAGCCACAGAGUGGACCCGCCCUCCUGAGACAGGAUGAGUGGGAGAGUCUGUUCUCGAGGGCAGCUCUGCGUCUAGUGGGCCUAAAGAUCUCGUUCUACGGUUCUGCAAUCUUCUUGUGCCGCCGGCCCGCCCCACAGGACAGCCCCAUCUUCCUGCCUGUGGAAGACACCAGCUUCCGAUGGGUGGACUCUCUCAAGGACAUUCUGGCUGAGGUGUCCCCCCGUCCCGUGUGGCUGACGGCUCUGGGCUGCCCCACCUCAGGUGUGGUGGGCCUGGUGAACUGUCUCCGGAAAGAACCCGGCGGGCACCGGAUCCGGUGCAUCCUGCUGUCCAGCCUCAGCAGCGCGUCACAUGUCCCCAAGAUGGACCCUGGCUCUGCAGAGCUGCGGAAGGUGCUGGAGGAUGACCUGGUGAUGAACGUGUACCGUGAUGGCGCCUGGGGUGCCUUCCGUCAUUUUCUCCUUGAGCAGGACAAGCCCGAGGAGCAGACAUCACACGCCUUUGUGAAUGUCCUCACUCGUGGGGACCUCUCCUCCAUCCGCUGGGUCUGCUCCCCGCUGAAGUUCGCUCGGCCCAGCAGCCCUGAAACGCUUCUCUGUACCAUUUACUACGCCUCACUCAACUUCCGGGACAUCAUGUUGGCCACGGGCAAGCUGUCCGCUGAUGCCAUCCCAGGGAAGUCGCUCAACCGGGACUGCUUACUGGGCAUGGAGUUCGCAGGCCGUGACGCCCAGGGCCGGCGAGUGAUGGGGCUGGUGCCCUCUGAAGGCCUGGCCACCUCCGUGCUGGUGCCAUCAGCCUUCCUGUGGGAUGUGCCCUCCAACUGGACGAUGGAGGAGGCAGCUUCCGUGCCCGUUGUUUACAGCACAGCCUACUACGCGCUUGUGGUGCGGGGGCGCAUCAGGCCUGGGGAGUCGGUGCUCAUCCACUCAGGCUCAGGCGGGGUGGGCCAGGCCGCCAUUGCCAUCGCCCUCAGCCUGGGCUGCCGAGUCUUCAGCACCGUUGGCUCAGCCGAGAAGCGGGCCUACCUCCGGUCCAGGUUCCCCCAGCUGGACGAGACCAGCUUCGCCAACUCAAGGGACACAUCUUUCGAGCAGCACGUGAUGCUGCACACGGGCGGGAGAGGCGUUGACUUGGUCCUCAACUCCCUGGCCGAAGAGAAGCUGCAGGCCAGCGUGAGGUGCCUGGCCCAGCACGGCCGCUUCCUGGAGAUCGGCAAAUUUGACCUUUCCAACAACCACCCGCUUGGCAUGGCCAUCUUCCUGAAGAACGUCACCUUCCACGGGAUCCUGCUGGAUGCCCUCAUGGAGGAAGACAGCCUCCAGUGGCAAGAGGUGUCAGGCCUCCUGCAAUCUGGCAUCCGCGACGGUGUGGUGCAGCCCCUCAAGUGCACCGUGUUCCCCAAGGCCAAGGUGGAGGACGCCUUCCGCUACAUGGCCCAGGGGAAGCACAUUGGCAAAGUCCUUGUCCAGGUACACGAGGAAGAACGAGAGUCCUGGCUGCAAGGAGCACAGCCAGCCCUCAUGGCUGCCAUCUCCAAAACUUUCUGUCCGCCCCACAAGACCUACGUCAUCGUGGGUGGCCUGGGUGGCUUCGGCCUCGAGCUGGCCCAGUGGCUGUUGGUGCGGGGAGCCCAGAAGCUUGUGUUGACCUCUCGUUCUGGGAUCCGCACAGGCUACCAGGCCAAGCAGGUCAGUGAGUGGAGGAGCCGUGGAGUGCAGGUGCUGGUGUCGACCCGAGACGCCAGCUCACUGGAGGGAGCUCGCGCCCUCAUUGCCGAAGCCACGCAGCUGGGGCCAGUCGGAGGGGUCUUUAACCUCGCCGUGGUCCUGAGAGAUGCCAUGCUGGAGGACCAGACCCCGGAGCAGUUCCAGGAUGUCAACAGGCCCAAGUACAGUGGCACCCUCAACCUGGACAGGGUGACCCGAGAAGCCUGCCCCCAGCUGGACUACUUCGUGGCCUUCUCUUCCGUGAGCUGUGGGCGUGGCAACAUGGGCCAGAGCAACUACGGCUUCGCCAACUCCACCAUGGAGCGCAUCUGUGAGCAGCGCCGGCACGACGGCCUCCCAGGCCUCGCCAUACAGUGGGGUGCCAUUGGCGACGUGGGCAUCUUGCUGGACGUGCUGGGUGGCACGGACCUCGUCGUGGGCGGCACGCUGCCCCAGCGCAUUGUCUCUUGCCUGGAGGUGCUGGACCUCUUCCUGCAGCAGCCCCACGCUGUCCUGAGCAGCUUCGUGCUGGCCGAGAAGAAGGCUGCGGCCCACAGGGACAGCAAAGACCAGCAGGACGUGGUGCAGGCUGUGGCCCACAUCCUGGGCAUCCGAGAUUUGGCUGGCAUCAACCUGGACACCUCACUGGCGGACCUGGGCCUGGACUCGCUCAUGGGUGUGGAGGUGCGCCAGACCCUGGAGCGGGAGUACGACCUGGUGCUGUCCAUGCGUGAGGUGCGGCAGCUCACGCUGAAGAAGCUGCAGGAGCUGUCUUCCAAGGCCAGCCCAGCCGGAGAGCUGGGAUCCCCCAAGGCCAAGGAUGACACCCAGGUGCAGCCACAGGCCCAGCUGAACCUGAGCACACUGCUGGUAAACCCCGAGGGCCCCACCCUGACUCAGCUCAACUCGGUCCAGAGCACGGAACGGCCACUGUUUCUGGUGCACCCCAUCGAGGGUUCUACCACCGUGUUCCACAGCCUAGCCGCCAAGCUCAGCAUGCCCACCUAUGGCCUGCAGUGCACCAAAGCUGCCCCACUGGACAGCAUCCAGAGCCUGGCUUCCUACUACAUCGACUGCAUCAAGCAGGUGCAGCCCGAGGGGCCCUACCGUGUGGCCGGCUACUCCUACGGGGCCUGCGUGGCCUUCGAGAUGUGCUCCCAGCUGCAGGCCCAGCAGGGCCCGGCCCCCGCCCACAACAGCCUCUUCCUGUUUGAUGGCUCGCACACCUACGUGCUGGCCUACACCCAGAGCUAUCGGGCGAAGAUGACCCCGGGCUGUGAGGCGGAGGCUGAGGCAGCGGCCAUAUGCUUCUUCGUGCAGCAGUUCACCCAGCAGUUCACAGAAGCCGAGCACAACAGGGUGAUGGAGGUGCUCUUGCCACUGAACAACCUGGAGGAGCGCGUGGCUGCCGGCGUGGACCUCAUCUCCAACAGCCAUCAGGGCCUGGACCGGCGGGCGCUGAGCUUCGCCGCCCUGUCCUUCUAUCACAAGCUGCGCGCCAUCGAGCAGUACACACCCAAGGCCAAGUACCACGGCAACGUGACGCUGCUGCGGGCCAAGACCGGAGGCGCCUACGUCGAGGACCUGGGCGCCGACUACAACCUCUCACAGGUGUGCGACGGGCAGGUGUCUGUGCAUGUCAUCGAGGGCGACCACCGCACACUGCUGGAGGGCAGUGGCCUGGAGUCCAUCAUCAACAUUAUCCACAGCUGUCUGGCUGAGCCACGAGUGAGCGUGCGAGAAGGCUAGGCCUGCCGUGCCAGCCCAUCACCAGGGACUGGCAGCACCCCACACCCACACCCACACCCAGCGCGCUGAGGCUGGGGGUCCUGCCGGUGGGACCUGCCCAGGCCCAGCACCACUGCCUUCACUGGCGGCUGCUGAAGCAGGACUGUGACACGCGUCCCACCCACCUGCCCUCCCUGGCAUGCCAGGGGACUGAGCCACUGACUUGGAGACGCUUGGUCUGUGAAGAGCCAGUGGAACCGGCAGAGCCGGGCUGAGCCUUUUGUACCCUGUGAAGUUGGCCAGGCUGGCUGGUGAUUGCUGAUCUGUUUAGAGCCCCAUAUUUAUUACGUUCCUGGGAAAGACCCCAGGACCAGGCCCCAUCCUGUGAAGGUAGCAGGUCCCUAGGGGUACCACACCCUCUUCGUACUGUGCACAGGCACCGCGCAGGCCUGCCAGAGCCCCACCCAGGCCGCGCUCCUGCCCACUGCGGGGUGGGCUGGUGUCCGGCCCCCAGCACCCUCUGCACCCAUGAUGCAGGGCCAAUGUGGCCCUGCGGACCGCACGGGCAGCAACCUGCAUUCGUGUUUGUUUUGCAAGAAACAAUUCAAAUUGCCGCUUAGAUUUUGAAAUUGACUGUAACUGUCAGUGUAAAGAACAUGUCUGGAUCUUGUCUCAUUUUUACACCAACUUGAUAAAAAUGCUGCUCUUAAUGCCCCGUUCCAAGCCUCCCCACUAUUAAAGCGCACAUGAGCUCCGGCUCUGGCCAGUUCCUUCUUCCUCCGGGCUUUAGCCCUGUCCUGCCAGAGCUUUCUACCAUGGCACCAUGGGGAGUAGAGGGGCUUGGCCCAGGGAGGGGAAGCCAGCUGGGACCCUAGGUGGGGUGGCGUGGGGACCCCACAGGCGGGUGCCAAGGACCCAGCCAGUCGCCUAUGGGCUGGGAGGCAGGAAGUCCCUGGCCGUGGCCAGUGGGGCAGAACUGUCUCCCUGGGGGUUCUGAGGGCUCAGCUGAUGGGAUGGGCGCGGGAGGGUACACUUGCUGAAGGAAGCCCUCAGAAAAGUCACGCAACACAGGACUAUAGGGAGAAAGUGGGGCAGGGCCCUGAGGACCUGAAUCCCUGACAUCAAGGGUCAGAGGCAUCUGGAGACCUGAAGGCAGAGAGGGCUGCUGCCUGCACAUGUGAACAAGGGGGCCCCAAGGCUGGGUACUAGCUGGGAGGAUUCACAGGAAAGUACAGGGGCUUCUGUGCACCUGGGGAUUGUGCCUGGCAGACAGGAAGCCUUGGUAAUUACCAGGCACUGAGUUUCCCAAAGAUCUGUUUCGCUGUAGCCCAAAACUAGCUAACUAGUUACUACUUAGCUCUGGUCCCACCUAAAAAAAUAAAUCUUGUGCCGGGGAUUUAACUCAGUGGUUCUGCCUGCCUCGCAAGCACA